AAAGAGCGUGCGCCGCAACCCCUCCGCCUGCCGCCCCACGAGGAGAAAAGCGCGUUGUCCGCUGGGAAGCGAGUGAGAUGGUCAGCUGAGGUUGAGGGGGAUGGUCUGUGAAUAAAAUACCUACUUCAGAGACAUUAGAACAUUGACACAAGAAAAUGCAAGUUGCGGUGAUUGGUGCUGGCGUGAUUGGUUUGUCUGCAGCUCAGUGCAUCAUUGAACGUUUUCACUCUGUAAUCAAACCAUUGAACAUUGUGGUUUACGCAGAUAAGUUUACACCACAUACUACAAGCGAUGGAGCUGCUGGAUUAUGGCAACCAUAUGUGCUGGAUCGAGAAAUCCCAGAGGAAGUCAAAUGGAACAAGGAAACAUUUGAAUAUCUUCUGAAGUAUGUGAAUUCACCCGAUGCCACUGAGAUGGGCUUGUUUUUGCAAUCUGGAUACAAUAUCUUCAAAGAACGACUGCCGGACCCAUCCUGGAAAGAUGCUGUUUGGGGGUUUAGACAUUUGACAGAAGAAGAACUCAGACUGUUUCCUGGAUUUAGCCAUGGGUGGUUUAACACUGCAGUAAUGUUGGAAGGAAAGAGCUACUUACCCUGGUUGAUGGCAAGGUUAAAAGAACACGGAGUCCAGUUUGUUCAAAAGAAAGUCUCUUCCUUCCAAGAGCUUUCUCCAGAGUUUGAUGUGAUAGUGAAUUGUACAGGCAUCCGAGCACAAGAGCUGCAGCCAGACCCACAACUGAUACCUGCUCGAGGACAGAUCAUGAGGGUUUAUGCACCAUGGAUAAAGCACUUCAUUCUCUCACAUGAUCAAAAGGCUGGAAUUUAUACCGAACCAUAUAUUAUACCAGGAAGCAAGUUAGUAACCUUGGGAGGAAUCUUCCAGCUUGGGAAUUGGAAUGAGGAGAAUGACCCCAAAGACCACAACAUAGUGUGGGAAGGUGCCUGCAAGCUUGUACCUAGUUUGAAGAGUGCCAGGAUUGUUGAAGACUGGACUGGACUUCGACCUACCCGGAACAGGAUUCGAAUAGAGCGACAAAUCUUUAACGCAGGACCGAAGAAAUUUGAGGUGAUCCACAACUAUGGCCAUGGGGGUUAUGGCCUGACUAUUCACUGGGGCUGUGCCAUGGAAGUAGCAAACAUCUUUGGAAGGAUCCUUCAAGAGAAGAAACCCAGCUGGAGAUCCCAGUUGUAAUGAUUCAAAGUUACACUUACCUUUCUGCCAGACUGUCACUUCCGCUUUUUCAAAUGCUGAUGAUAAAUGGCCCCAAAACAAAAAGAAACUUUUACUUGUCAACCCACAUUUUCAUGAGUUGAAAAGCUUCCCAAGCCAUUUAAAAAUGGCAGGCAGAUUCUGCCCUCAUUGUUGGUGCUCCCAAAUUUAGCUGGCUUAGGAUCAUGAUAUGAGUGGUGAAUCUUUACACCGCAUUUUGUUUUUUCUUAAUUAUUAAUUUGUGCAACGUGGGCAACACUAUCUGGCCAGUAUUUAUUUCCUGUUCCUAGCUUCCCUUGAAAUAAGUGACUUGCUAGGCCAUUUCAGGGGGCACUUGAGAGUAAAGCAUAUUGCUGUGUGCAAGGAGUCACAUGUAGGCCAGACCAGGUGAGGAUAGAAGACUUCCUUCCCUGAAUGACAUGAGUGAACCAGAUGGAGUUUUCAAUAAUCAGCUGUUCUUUCACGGUUAUCAGUAGAUUCUUAAUUCCACCUAUUUUUCCCUUGAAUUCAGUGAUUGAAUUCAGUUCCACCAUCUGCAGCAGUACAAUGUGAACUCAAGUCCCUGGUACAUUAGCUGAGUUUCUGGACUAAUAGUCAAAGGAUCAUACUACAAGGCCAUUGCCUCCCCUGUUUGAAGAUAGUCAUCUCCUAGCAACAGCGAUUUUCAUGUAAUUGGGCUGGCUUGUUGAGGAGGUGUCAAGAAUAGUAGUCUGGAUUUGGGAAUCUUUUCAACCAAUACCAGUUCCGUGCCUUCUGUCCCCUCUCCAUUUCAAUUUGGUGCCAUCUUAUGUUGCUACCCAACUUCCUGGUCCCUUAUAGCCUCAGUGCCUACUACUGUUCCUACCCAUCCACUUCAUGAAAACCUAUUGCCCUUCUCUGCUCAUUUGCCACGUAUACACUAUGGGCAGAAUGAAUGAACUAUAUGGUAACAAUGGCAAGGGUAACGCUACUCAGAAAAAAAACCCAUUCACAACUGUUUAUGAAAGGGAAACUCCUGUUCUGCAACCUAUAAAAGGUUCAAUGAGACAGAUUAUUAAAGCAUAAAAUACAAUGGAUUCAGCAUAUCAUAUCCCCAAAUGUUAUGCAAAUAAGCUUUAAAUCAUUGACAUAGUGCUUCCCAAUUGUGACCCCAUUUGGGACUUAAAUUGUUGCGAAAUGUGCAUAUGAUUCAUGGCAGAUACUCGCUGGUGAGCUUUAGAAAUUUGCAGUAGGGAAUCGAUGUACCACUCACUCUGUGGCACAAUGCAGUGGUACAAAUUCAUAUUAAUGUGAUUUUGUUCCUUCUUUUAACUCUUUAUAAAUUGUGAUUUUUGUUUCUUUCUAGUCUACAUUUUAGACUUGAUAGGUGGACCAGAGCACUGCUCUUUAUAACUAACUUAGGCUGUCUGGAUAUCCCAGUUUGUUUUGGCCUGUCCUGAUUAACUACCCUGACAAAUGAUAGGAGGAAAGAUUAGUAUUUAAAUUCUUUAAUCAUGUUAAUCAAUUUAUUUUUUUUAAGAAUCUGCAAUUUACACAUGGAGCAGUGACCAUAACCGGAAUUAUCUUGCAGAAUUUUUUGCAUUUAAAUUGUGCUACUGUGAAUUUUAUUUGCUGUGAUUCGUAGCAAAUGGGACUAGAUCAAUUUGGGAUAUCUGAUCGGCAGGGAUGAGCUAGACUGAAAGGUCUUUUUCUGUGCUGUACAAUUCUAAUGACUCUGUCAUUUAACUGAAUCUUAUCAAGUAGGAAUAAAGUGUUUUUAAUGGGAUCUGCAAUGGUUGCGCAUAAUCCGUCCAGUCAAUAAACACUUCAGUGUUGAAGA